AGUUCUCGCGACACCGUUCCUACAUGCUGGAGCAUCGCACCGUUUUUGACAUGCCGACCGAGUGCAUCGCCAACCCGUUGCAGCGGGAGCUGGCCGACUCGAUAAUACGGCUGCAGCCGCUCGACGAGAUCCGCAUCCUCCUCGCGUGCGGCGCCAAGCCGAACGAGCCGGUGACCCAGGGCCUCAGGCCCCUGCACUACGCCGUCUGGCAGCGGUACACCGAGGCCGCCCAGCUGCUGCUGGUGCGCGGCGCCGACAUCGAUGCCACCGACGAGUGCGGCUACUCGGCCCUGCACCUCGCCGCCGAGCACGGCUACCUGGACCUGGUGAAACUGCUGCUCAAGUAUGGCGCCAAGGUGGAUCAUCGGCAGGAUACGGGGGAACUUUUCCCCAGGACCAUGUUGUGCGACGAGCCGCUGCGUCUGGCUCUGCGGAACCGCCACGUCGAGGUCGCGAGGAUCCUACUCGAGGCCGGCGCUAAUCCGAACAAGAGAUACUUCUUCGGCUCCGAGAUCAAUCUGGUGUCGCCCUUGGAUAUGGAGUGCAUGGAGCUGCUGUUAGCCUUCGGCGCACAUCCGAACACGCGGGAUCGCGCCGGGCUGACGCCCCUCAUGAAGGCCGCCAGACUGCCGCAGGGCAUCGCCUCGGUGCUCCUGCUGCUGAGCUUCGGCGCGGACGUGAACGCGACGGCGGACGCCAGGCACGAUUAUCGGACGGUGCUGCAUUACGCGAUCCUCGGCGGCGAUCCGGCGGUGAUCAAUCUGCUGCUGAAGCAGGGCGCCCGGCUGGACCUCGGGCCGGACUAUCAGAAACCGACGGCCCUGGAUCUGUCCAUACUCAAGGGCGACCCGUCGAUCGUCGAGAUGCUGCUCGAGGCGGGUGCGGACGUGAACGCCUCGUCGCCGAUCAUCGGCUCGGCGCUGCACGUGGCGUGCGCGGACAACAUCCCCAAUCGGCUGGAGAUCCUGUGCAUGCUGCUGGAGCGCGGCGCCGAUCCCAACCUGGUGAUACGCAGCGACGACGGGCCGGCGCUGCGGCCGGUGCUCGCCGAGUACGUCGCCUCGAACGAGAACCCGUCGGUGGAGGUGGUGGCGUUGCUGCUCAAGUACGGCGCCCGGGUGGUGAUCAAGACGCAGUUCCGCGACCCGCACGGCAUCCUCAACUCCCUGCAGAACACGGCCGACAAGCCGCGGCUGCUGCGCGCGCUGCUGGAGGCUGCGGAGAGCUUCGAUCCCUGCAUGAUACGACGGUCCAGCAGUCUGACGGACGCGCAGAAGGCCCUGGUGAUGGAGGCGGCCCGGACCCCGCUGCCGUUGACCCAUCAGGCGAGGCUGAUAGUCCGCAAGCUCUGCGGCACCAGGCUACCGAAGAUCGUCAGGAAGCUGCAGCUGCCGCAGUCGUUGCACCGUUACCUCCUCUACGACUACUACUAGCCCAGGAGAUCGCUGGGAAUCGAGACGUUUGUCGGAAGGGAUGACGUUUGUCGGAGUACUUCCUUGGAUUUCCGAGCUUCAAUUGCGUCAAAAUCACAGACUUGAGAUUAAAAAAAAGGCGAGUAUACCUUAUUAUUUCGCUAGAAUCGAUCUGUAUACUGGAGAUCGAUAGCAUCAUCGAGGUCUGUUUUUUGAAGAUCGCUGGAAAGACACGGAAGAUAAAGUAUUUGCGCGCUACUGUCAAUUCGAUGAGUACAAUAACGAGGCUGUCGAGGCACCGACCUCUCGUUUCUACAUUACAAUUAGUAUUCUUCUUUUACACGAUGCGUAUAAAGUGUGAUAUAACGUUUAGAUAACGGCAAUACGUAUAUAUAUAUUAUACCUGUACUCGUUACAAUUCUAGUCGCCGAAUGUAAGUACGUUUUAUAUGUAUAUGUACUUUCUCUCUACUUCCUACUAUGUCGAGAAAAUCGUAUCGCGACGGAGGCGAUACAAGAUACGGCGCUCCCCGUUGCUCGAACGCGCGAACGAUCGGGACACUCGCGAACUCCCGAGAAUUCUCUCGCGUCGUCAAUAUCUAUCGGAAAUAAUUAAUAAAUUGCGUACGGAGAAUUACCUCUCGGAGUUACACGGCGAAAUUAAAUAAUGAUCGUCGCCCAGCGUUUGUCACACCGGUGACGAACAGCCGGAGAGGAUCUCUUCCAACGAUCGGGGAAUCACCGCGCGAAGUGAUCGACGUACUUUUUUGUACCUUUGUAUAUACGACGAUAUAUACGCUCAAUGUACAAUAAAGAGAAA